AGAGCCCAUUACUUCUCUUCUCUGAAGUCUUUGCUCCUCACUCCUUAAUCAACAAGCAACCAUGGUCCAUUGGACAGCUGAAGAGAAGGCCGCCAUCACUUCUGUAUGGCAGAAGGUCAAUGUAGAACAUGAUGGCCAUGAUGCCCUGGGCAGGCUGCUGAUUGUGUACCCCUGGACCCAGAGAUACUUCAGUAACUUUGGAAACCUCUCCAAUUCAGCUGCUGUUGCUGGAAAUGCCAAGGUUCAAGCCCAUGGCAAGAAGGUUCUUUCAGCUGUUGGCAAUGCCAUUAGCCAUAUUGACAGUGUGAAGUCCUCUCUCCAACAACUCAGUAAGAUCCAUGCCACUGAACUGUUUGUGGACCCUGAGAACUUUAAGCGUUUUGGUGGAGUUCUGGUCAUUGUCUUGGGUGCCAAACUGGGAACUGCCUUCACUCCUAAAGUUCAGGCUGCUUGGGAGAAAUUCAUUGCAGUUUUGGUUGAUGGUCUUAGCCAGGGCUAUAACUAAAUGUUUUUUUGUUUUUGGCAAAGUCAGCACUGCCAUAGUGCAUACAAUGAUACCAAGACCAUGGAUACAAUGUCAUCUGUAUAUGCUUCAACAACUGAAAUAAAAAGCACUCUUA